AUGAGCCAGGAGCCAAGCCCGAACCCGAGCUCGCAAAGAAAAGACAUUCCUGAAGAUUCACCUUCAAGUGGGACGGUGACUCCUGGUGAAGAUGAGUUGCAAAAUGAGAAGAUAACGAAACAAGAUUCAGAUUCAGAAGAUCAAAGCCCAAGGUCAACACGCAAUCCACUCCUAUGGGCCCCGCCUUGGUGUCGGUGGGACCCUAAGAACCCGCCUAAAUUUAACGUAUGGAUAAACAUCUUAUUUGCAUUUGCUGGUACUUUUACGGUUGCCAAUCUAUACUACGCACAGCCGCUUCUAGAUGAGCUAGCUCAGUAUUUUGGCGUCACCCAUGAACGGGCUUCAUUGGUCCCAACAUGUAGCCAGGCUGGGUAUGCCACUGGGCUAAUAUUUCUCUGCCCACUUGGAGACUUGCUCCGAAGAAGACCAUUUGUCCUUUCAUUAAUGUUUAUGACGGCUACGUUAUGGAUUGGAAUUUGCAUUACCAGAUCAUUCAACGUAUUCCUCGCGAUAACAUACCUGAGCUCAAUCACUACCGUCACCCCUCAAGUUAUGCUACCUUUAGUGGGAGAUCUUGCACCCGCUAACCGACGUGCGACAGCGUUAUCCAUCGUUUCAUCCGGGCUGGUUCUUGGCUUACUAUUCGCCCGUCUUCUAUCUGGAAUCGUUGCCCAGUACUCCACCUGGAGGACUAUAUACUGGCUAGCACUAGCCCUUCAAUACACCAUUGUUUUCCUCCUUUGGCUGUUUAUGCCUGAUUAUCCGCAAACAAAUAAAGGUCUAUCCUAUCCCCGAAUGCUUGUCUCGAUUGUGCGAUACCUGUUCACAGAGCCUGUCCUUGUACAAGCUGCAUCCAUGAACUUUUUCCUCUCUGCGACAUUUACCAGCUUCUGGACAACAUUAACCUUCCUCCUAUCGGGUCGAUACAACUACAGCACGAUCACCAUCGGAUUAUACUCGCUAGCCGGACUAACGCCCAUGAUCAUGGGACCUUUUUUCGGCCGCUACGUCAUCGAUAAAUUUGUGGUGACAGUCUCACUCCUGAUAUGCCUGACGAUUGUCAUAACUGGCAUCUGUAUUGGCACUUAUACGGGCACUAUUACAGCUGCGGGCCCGGUUCUCCAAUCUGCCUUACAAGACUUUGGUCUGCAAAUGUCCCAAGUUGCCAAUCGCGCUGCUAUUUACAGCAUUGAUCCCAAGUCGCGUAGUAGACUCAAUACUACAUUUACGUUUGUUUCAUUUUGUGGACAAUUGAUGGGAACGGCAGUUGGGAAUAGAGUCUAUGAUCAGAGUGGAUGGAUAGUGUCUGGGUCGGUGAGUGUUGCCUUUGCAGGAGCUGCAUUUUUGAUCUGUCUUGCACGUGGACCGGCGCAAAAGGGUUGGCUAGGAUGGAGUGAGGGUAUUCGAAUUCGAAAGCCCGAUGUACAAACAUAA